AUGAGCGGCGCGGACGAGUUCACGGGGUAUGACUACUCGUCGUUGAAACGAAUCCAUCAGGACUUGAUUCGACGGCGAUCCAAGCGCGGGGUGAAGAGCAUUCGGAAUCCACGUGGGUACUUCCUCUUGGCCACAAAGUUUGCAAAGAAGGAGCCGUUACCGCUACAUUUAGUGACCAAACCGGCCAACUUGGGCUCCAAUGCCAUCGCGUCGAACGUGGCAGGGUACCUGGACCCGAACAUUCAAUCGUACAUUCGAUCAACGUGGUGGCCACUCGCCCAUUUCAAUCCCAUCACGUUCAAGAAGGACAAAGACCUCGACAUUACAAAGGACGAUUACGUGCGCUUCAACUGCAAAGUGUAUCGGUCGCUGCUCCCUGACAUCACGUAUGGCGAAGCCCUCCGUCGUAUCGAGAAAGACUGGCGCGAUGACACGUUUGUGGCUUCUGUCAACGACCCCGACCCAGUCGAAAGCAACGACUCUGACGACGCGAAUCCUGAUGUCACCCCGACGACAGCAUCGUCGUCGGUUAUCUCUGUCGACCGCACGAUGGACUUUCACUUGUUCAGCAUGUCCGUGCUGGACCUGGCAACAUCGUGCACUGCGGGGGGCAUGGAUGCCCUGUACCUGUUCCUGCAAUCUUUGCGCAUCAAAAUCAAGUGUGUGCGAGAAUUUGACGAAAUUCCAAAACCAAAGUACGCGUCCGACAUCACAGACGCCUCGGGCUCAAAUCGGAUCACGGUCUUGGUCGAGUAUGGGAAAAUGUACACGGAAGACAUAACACCCACCAACAACACUGUGCAGACCGCCACGUUGUAUCAAGUGGGGCUGUUCCCCACAAGGUUACCGCUGGUCGCGCUCUUCGUUUCGUUGGACCAUGCAUUCAUGGACAUGCACGUCAAAGCCAUCGACUCGAGCAAAUCGCCCACGGAUCCGACCCCUACGUGGAUACUCCGCAACAUGUGCGCCGGCGCGCUCGUGUACAAGACGACCGAGAUCGACAUCACGUCCAUUCAAUACGAAACCCUGGAGUACUUUGUCUUGCCCACGACAUCUGGGAAGGCUGCACCCUCCACUGCCGACACACCCAAGCCAACCCUCGACCAAUCGUCCUACCAAAUGACGUGCGUACUCCAAGAUACCACCGCGGUCGAGUUUGAAGGCACGUUUUACGGGUCGGUGGCUGCUAAGCGCGUUCGCGUGUUCGGCCUCCAGCAUCCGUCGGCGGUUCCGCUGAUUCUGACCGUCACGACAGAACCGACCAAACAGGUCCUGACCGCCGGGAGAGACGGCGACGGUCGUCGUGCGGUCAUCGGGUGCAUCUACCUCGUGCAACAGUCUGGUCUCGCGUCGUACAAAUUCCAGCAGCACAAGGUCCUCUACGAUUACAACUCCGAAACGAAAGCGCAAAUCAUUUGCGAGGCACCGUCCCCAGGGUACUACUACGCGAUCGUGUUUUGCAUUCGUGAAAUGCAGUUUGUGUUGGAGUACAACCACACGACACUGCCAGAAGCGACCCCGUUGCCUUUAGGAGUUGUUGCGAAUUCGUUUCCAUUGGAGUCUGUGCCCAACCAUCCGCACAAUAGCAUGCCAUGUUACUUUCCAGGUGAAAAGCUAGUAGUUCAAACCCCACAUAGCAAGGCGUCGUUGCGUGCCAAGAUCUAUUCCCAACGGCUACAGACUCGCAUGAGUCAAAUGCAGUUGCUCGACGAGGAAUUCCGCAUCAAGACGGCAGGGCAGCGCAAGGAAAUCGACGACCGGCACAAGCAUCGUCGCCAGCAGCGCGAGGCGGCGGCGGCGUUGGACCACGUGGACAAGGUCGCCCAAGACAAGCUGAAAAAAGCGGCAAGGGACGGCGGCGGGGCGUCGUUGAAUCGCGAAGUAGAGUUGAUCCACGAGUACUUUGAGCACAUGGCCAAAACGCAGCCAACGUUUGACGAGCUCAAGAAGCUGGACGCUGCGUACGCGAAUCGAUACAACCAAGCAGACCAGCUAUCGGACGACUUCAACUCGGUCUACCACGACGACUCGGAGCUCAAGAAAACCAGCGCCAAGGCCAAGUCGGCCAAGUUUGGGGUCGACGACGAUCGACCGCCUCAGGACAGCGUGUUUGCCUCGGAAGAGUAUUCGCAUGCUGCCACGUACCUCGAGAAACUGGGCGACGAGUUGCGACGCCAGCAACUCCAACAAGACAAUACAACCACGCAAGAAACGAUGUCUGCCGCCAUUGAACAAAACUUGUACUUGGCCCUUGCCGAAGGCAAACCCAUGUCUUGUGAGGACAUGCUUCAACUGCGAGAGAUUCUGGUGGAAGGGGGGGGUCUUACCGAGUGUCGGCGACCAGGGAAGCGAGAGGCAUCGACGGUGCCUGUGAUUCUCCCCAAGACGUACGUUGCUGCCACACUACCCUGGCAACCCAUGUGGCAACUUCCACCGACGGACCCCACUGUGCCCGACCCCCUUGUGCCCACCAGCCCCAAGAAACACAAGAGGCCAUCGAGUCCACCGAAAGCCCACGUUACCAAGCCGGGCAAGUGUCCCAAGGAAGACGAGUGUCUGCCAACGUGCUCAACAGUACCUAAGUCGAGGAGUUCGCAUGUGCUUCCGAAACCCGCAGCGGACAUCUCCAUCCUCACCAACAUCCUGACAAGGCGACCGAGCAGUCAUGUCGACACGAAAUCAACUAAUGACACACCUCGAGCGCAUCGUCCGAGCACUGCCGCACCCAUGCUGCCUUCUCAACCCCUUUUGCCAACCACUGACACGACCACUACUGCAGAGGAGGUGCAGGCCGACGACGAUACACCUCUGGACACGAAAACGGCAGACUCUCCAACAGAAUUUCAAAGCUCGACAACUGCAACUACUGCAGUCCCUCCAUCCGUGAAACCACCAGCGACGGCUCCUCCAUCGUUUCGACGGCGAAAGCAGCAGCACCCGUCAUCACAGCUAACCCUUCCGUGGUCCCGUCUCCAAAAGAGGUCCGUCCCUCGUCACAACCAUACGUUUCUACCUGCCGCCACCACCCCGGCCCAGUCGGAUAUUGUCAUGGUGCAACAAGUGUCGUACCACGUCGUUCGACACCACAACCAAGUGGUAGCGUUGGCAGACACAAACAACACCACCCACGUCACAACAUUGCACCACCAGCCUCCGUCCCACUCAGCAAAGAAGAAGCGAAAACCCAAGAAACAAACAUCAUCCCAUCUUUCGGAGGUUGCCAAGCACAACAUGGACAAGCUGCAGCUAGCCAAAGUCCUCGGAAACGAGCGGAUGGCGCUCAUGUGGGCCCAACUCGAAGACGAAUUCGCGUGGGUGGAGCCCCCUCCGUUAUAA